AUGUACGGGUUCCUCAGAUUAUACGCCGUCGCGACGGCAUGUAUGAGCGCAUCGGCUCACUUGGUUCUAACAUAUCCGGGAUGGCGAGGAGAUAACCUACACACCAACGGAACGCUACCACAAGAUGACCCAGAAGCAAUGGGCAUCAAUGUAAUGGAGAAUGGGACGGUCACAUAUCCAUACGGCAUGCAAUGGAUGUACCCCUGUGGAGGAAUGGCACAAGGCGCAAACGUGAAUCGGACAAAAUGGCCACUAGGAGGUGGAGCGCUCAGCUUCCAGCCUGGAUGGUUUCCUGGUCACUCAAAGGCGUUGAUAUAUGUCAACAUUGGAAUACAAGAGCAAGGAAUGAAAGCCCCACCAAACUACAGCCACCCGGUCGUACCCCCAUUCCAACUUCUGGGUCCAAGCAACUCAUAUUACCCUGGACAAGUGUGUCUACCGCAAGUGCGCAUGCCGGCCAACAUGUCGCUCGGUGCUGGCGACUUGAUCACCAUUCAGGUCAUUGAGACAGCACAGCACGGUGCGGCAUUAUACAGCUGUGUGGAUGUUGAACUUGUAGAGCCCGAAGACAUGCCCGAAAACCUGACAGUAACUCCACAAAACUGCUACAACAGCACAGACAUCACCUUCCAAAGUAUUUUCACUAGCGAGGCAUUGACUGCAUCAACCGGUGCAKCGAUAACAUACGGAGCAUCAACAGUUCUCAUCACAGCGAUGAUGGCUUUCUGGAUGGUUCUUCUACUAUAA